CUUGAAAAUACUUUUUCUAACUUCAUAAUGUGUCAAGCAAUUAUAAGAAGCUAGCUACCUCGACUUCUCCUCCAAGCAAUGCUCCUCUUAUAUUUUAACCUCCAAAAACAGCAAUCCACCAUGGAAGUGCCGCUUGAUGUAGAGUCCAAGACCCCUUUCCCUUCAUCUUCAUCGUCACCCCCACCGGGAUUUAAGUCCCGGAAACUGAAAUUUGGUAGUGAAAGCAAGGGAAAGGACGGGAAACAUCCAACAUACAGGGGAGUGAGAAUGCGUCAAUGGGGUAAAUGGGUGUCUGAGAUUCGCGAACCCAGGAAGAAGUCAAGGAUUUGGCUAGGCACAUUUCCUACGGCUGAAAUGGCAGCCAGAGCACACGAUGUAGCAGCUCUUACGAUUAAAGGCAACUCUGCUUAUCUCAAUUUCCCUGAGUUAGCCCACCAGCUUCCUCGUCCGGUUAGUGCAUCCCCCAAGGAUAUCCAAGCUGCUGCGGCUAAAGCUGCCACCCUAACCUACACCAAAAGCCAUGAUGUUGAAGAUGAUCCAAUGCUUCCUCGGUCUCCAACAACGACAGCAACAUCUCAAGAAGAGUCACAUUUAAUCAAUGAUGAUGAAGCAUUCAUUGACCUUCCAGAUCUCUUGCUGGACAUGAAUCUUCAAAUUGAUAAAUUUUGGAGCUCAGUAUCAUGGAAGCUAGAUGAUGCUGUUGAAACUGGGUUUGGAGGUGAGGAGCCCCGUGCUAGCAACUUCAUUUUUCUUCAAUAAAAACUAUGUAAAUUUCCAGGUUCGAAUUUAAAAUUCUUGCUUACCCAAAAUUCCAAACCUGGAUUUCACUGUGAUCACCCUCUUGUCUGGUUUCAUUGUUCAUAUCAGAUAUUGGACAUUGUAAAUAUGGAGUCCAUAGGUACAUAUAAGGUCGGAGUUCUUACACAAUUGUACUUUCCCUUUAUUGUUUAGUCGACCACCAUGAUUGAGAGGAUAAA